AUGGCUGGCAGUAUUAUAAGACGCCGGUUCAUCGACAUCGGCGCAAACCUAACUGAUCCAAUGUACCAGGGACUGUACAAUGGAAAGCAGUGCCAUGCAGCUGACUUGAAAACCGUCCUAUCAAGAGCUGUUCAAUUCGGUCUUGAGAAGAUCAUCAUCACAGGAGGCAGUUUGGAGGACAGUGAAAAGGCACUGAAGGUAGCAAAGAGCGAUCCGAUGCUGUACUCCACCGUGGGCUGCCAUCCCACCAGGUGCCUGGAGCUGGAGGAUGAUGCCCAGCAGUAUAUUGACUCCAUGGUGAAGCUGACAAAGGACAAUGCCGAUAAGGUGGUUGCGGUGGGCGAGUUUGGCCUCGAUUACGACCGACUGCACUUUUGUCCCAAGGAGGCGCAGAUCAAAAACUUUGCACUUCAAUUCGAAGUAGCCGAAAAGACAAAACUGCCACUGUUUUUACACUGUCGCAAUGCUGCGACUGACUUGCUGGAGAUUCUCAAUCGACACCGAGACAGCUACACUUCCGGCGUGGUGCACUCAUUCGACGGAACCUACAAAGAGGCAAAGUCAUUCCUCGAUUUGGGUCUGUACAUUGGCCUCAAUGGCUGCUCACUAAAGACCGAUGCAAAUCUUGAAGUGGUACAAAAACUGCCCAUUGACAGGCUACUCAUUGAAACUGACUGUCCUUGGUGUGAAAUCAAAGCAUCUCAUGCGAGCUCCGAGCACGUUCAGACAAAGUUCGAGUCGGUGAAGAAGGAAAAGUGGAGUGAAGCUAAGCAAGUCAAAGGUCGUAACGAGCCAGCAAACAUUGUUCAGGUUUUUGAGGUAAUCUCCAAGCUCAAAGCCGACAUUGACGCGGACACUUUGGCGCAGACCAUCUAUGAAAAUACUCAAAAAGUAUUCUUUCCAAACUCCUGA